CCCAAUCAACACCAUUUUCCCUAGCUCCAUUUUCCCUGGACCCCCACAAACAGAAACAAAUGAAAAAUUAAAACGAAAAACUCAUUGUUCAUGCUAUGCAUCUAAUUUUCAAACAUCUUCACUAUCCCAUUAUACUUUUCGUGCAGGUUGCAUCGAGAUUUUCCUAUAAAAAGGCUUCUUCAAAGUUUAUUCCACUCACAGCAAGAGAUAAUUUAGUGAAGGGAAAAAAGAAAAAGAAGACGUACGCAAAGUUGUAACAUGGCUACUAAGAACUGCAAGAUAAUGAUUUUUGGUGCUACUGGUUAUCUUGGUGUAAAAAUGGUGAAAGCAAGCAUUUCCAUGGGCCAUCACACUUAUGCUUAUGUUCGUCCAAUUAAGUCCAACAGCGCCAAUCCUUCUAAAAUUGAGAUUCUCAACAAUUUAAAGUCCUUGGGAGUAAUCGUUUUCCAAGGAGACCUUGACGAGCACGAGCAACUCGUUACGAUGCUGAAACAGGUAGAUAUUGUGAUAUCUACUCUUGCAGUCCCUCAACAUCUUGAACAACUCGAGAUAAUAAGUGCCAUGAAAGAAGCAGGCAAUAUUAAGAGAUUUGUACCUUCAGAAUUUGGCAAUGAAGUUGACAGGAUAAGUGGAUUACCACCAUUCCAAAAGCUGCUGGACAAUAAGAAGAAGAUAAGAAGGGCAACUGAGGCAGCCGGAAUACCAUUUACAUAUGUGUCUGCAAAUUCAUUUGCGGCAUACUUUGUUGAUUACUUGCUCCAUCCGUGUCAAAUAUCCGACCAUGCUACUAUCUACGGAAGUGGUGAAGCCAAAGCGGUUUUGAACCAUGAAGAAGAUGUUGCAGCCUACACAGUGAAAGCAGCAACCGAUCCAAGGGUUGCCAAUCGAGUCAUUAUCUGCAGACCCUCAAAAAAUAUUUUUUCUCAACUGGAUUUGGUUUCUUCAUGGGAGAAAAAGACUGGACGAACAAUGAAAAGGAUUCAUGUUCCGGAGGAAGAUCUCAUUAAGCUCUCCGAACGCUUACCCUUCCCAGACAAUGUUGCAGCGGCCAUUCUUCACAAUAUAUUCAUUGCAGGAGAUCAAGUUAGUUUUGAUCUCACAGAGAAAGACUUGGAGGUCACUAGGCUUUACCCUGAUUACAAUUAUACUAGUGUUGAUGAUCUUCUCCAUCUUUGUCUUGUUAAUCCACCCAAGGUCAAGUUGGCAACCUUUGCUUAAACAAUGGUUAAUCCCGAGAUCUUUAGCAUUUUUCUUAUGUAUGUAUUGGUUUGACUGUUUCUUAGCUGAUUUGAAUUUGGUCUUCUCAGCUACUUCUCAGUUUUCUGCAUACGGUCAGUGGUUGGUAGCAGAUUCCUUUUGCUUCUUGACUUUGUGCAGUGUGCAAAUUAAACUUCUUUUGAGUUCAGUGUAUCAACUGGGAAGAGAAAUUUCUUAGGACCACAAAUGACUAAAUUUAGGGGACCUUGAGGCCAGCUAUUCGUCGUUUAUGUGGAAAUAGCUGGGUUCUGCUUAAAAGCACAUGAAAAUCGACUAAAUAUAGGGCCACUUGAUCAAAUAAAUUGACUGUGGUUAUUACUUUUGGCU